AGAAGUAAUCCAAUUCGCCUUUUAUUUGAACUUGAAUUAGCCCAUUGGUAUUAUCUUGAUUUUCUUUCACUUAAAUCUUCUGAUAACUCUAUUUAUCCAAAUCUCAAAUUUACCGAGUUCACUAGGUUAAAAUUUUACUUAUUCAUUAAAAAUUGCAACAAUGAAUAUAAACGAGGAAUACCAACCGCAGGCGCAAUAUUGCUUGAUAAAAGUCUUGAUCACGUUGUUCUUGUUCAAGGAUAUUAUUCUCAUAGUUGGGGGUUCCCCAAAGGAAAGCAAAAUAAAGCAGAGUCUGAAGAAGAUUGCGCGAAACGAGAAGUUCGUGAGGAAGUUGGUUAUGAUAUUGCCGAAAAAAUUUCACCAAAUCUAUUUAUUGAAAAACUUCUUGGAAUGACUCGAGCGCGUUUAUAUAUAAUAACGGAUGUCCCAGUGGAAUAUCAGUUCGUGCCUGAGGCUCGACAUGAAAUAAAAAAAAUACAGUGGUUCAGAGUAUCGGAUUUACCUUUGGACCGCUUUAAUGACACUUCAUGUCGAGCCUCAGGUCUUUCAUAUCGGAAUUUCUAUACAGUAUUACCUUUUGUAGCAGAUUUACGACGUUCAAUUGAUCGUUUACGAAAAGAAGUAUAA